AUGGGUGGAUUCCCUAUUCAAUUUGCGGACUCCGAUCCUGUAACCGAUGCUCAAGAGAUACCCUCUAUCGAAGAUCUCCCAAAGGGAAUACGAACACCACAGAUGCUUCAGAAGUCAAUGCAGAGGAUCUCGAAUGCGAUUGGCAAAAUCGACUGGGCAUUGAAUAGAUCCAACAUCCUCGCCAUCGAGAAAGCAAACAGCAUGGUUUCUCAGGGCUACCGAAAGGAAGAAGGGAUCUUCAACAUGCCAUACACGGACUGGGUUGGAAACCUCACUCUUCUUUGUGGUAAUCGGUGGGUGGUAGACGCGAACCAGCUCCUUCUUGCCCGUGAGCUUGGAAUCAUCGAAAAACUGCCCUAUGUGUCGCAUGAUUCCCUGGAUGACCAUAGCAAUGGCGAUCUCGUCGUCAAGAUGUUAGCUGUACUUCAAAUUUCGUGGAUGUUCAUCCAGCUCGGCGGGCGACUAAGCCAAAAGCUCCCAACAAGCCAGCUCGAGAUUUCCACCCUCUCUUUCGCAAUUUGCUCUUCGAUCACGUAUAUCAUGUUGAUCAAUAAGCCCCAAGAUGUCCGGACAUCAUAUACUGUCAAAGCUGUCAGACAUCCCUCCGCAGAAGACUUGAUCUACAUGGCCAAUGCUGGCCCGCUGGGCUCCGGUCCCAAAUACAGCAGCGUCUGGAUCCCCAAUGAUGCAACCCACAGAGAUGUGCUGAGGAAAGUACCGGGAUAUGUGAGGAGUAUGGCUUGCUUGUUUGCUCUGCUUCUGUUUGGUGCUGCCCAUUGCGUAGCAUGGAACUUUGAGUUUCCUACAGCCCUGGAGAGACUAUUCUGGCGUCUGAGCUCGGUUGUAACGGGUGUUGCUAUGCCAUUUGCCUAUCUACUUGAUCAAAUCCUGGGCCCAGUUUGGUUGAAGGUGUUUAAGGUGGAAAGCCAACCAAGGAUACUAGAAUUGGUUGAGAGAGCUUUGAUGGUCCUUAUUGUGGUCGUGUUUGUUCUGGCGAGACUGUUUAUAACAGUUGAGGUCGUUCGCUCAUUGGCCUUUCUUCCCCCAGGUGCGUUUAUAAGUACCUGGACAGCGAAUAUCCCACAUGUGGGUUGA